CAGAAGAAGAACCAAAGGCUGCAAACCCGCCAUGUGAAUUGAUUAGGUUUAGAUUAGAUUUGUUAUUAAAUACAGUUUUUUUUUGCCAUAUAUUGGAAUUAUUAUUGAAAAGAUUAAUUUAGUUUUAGCUAAGAAGGGAUGUGUGUUUUUACAUGCGCAUUGACUACGUUAGACACCUAGCCGAAGCUUAAAUGUUAAGCUAACAUCAGUAGAUUUUGGUUUUGGUAAAAAGGGAAUCAGAGAAUGGAGGAAAUGAUGGUGGAAUCGGACCCAAAGGAAAGUUCUGGACCCGGCUCAAACCAGCUGGUCGCCGGUGCGUGGGAAUCGGUCACAGCUGCUUUGGUUUCUGAAGGCGGCUCGCUGUCGGAGCAGGACCCCUCGGACGCCGUGGCUCUUCUCUGCCAUCAUGGUUUGGGUCGGCUGCUCGGCGUCUGGCUGCUGGAGACGCUGCAGCUGCGUCUGUCCUCCUCAGUGGUUCCAGAAUUCUGGUGCGGACUGAAACAGCCAGAGAACGAACUGGAAGAACGAGACAGGGCCGGCGUUCUACUAACGGCGUUCAGAACUCUGCUGGACCGCCUGGAGCCUUUCCUGAGUGGAUUGGAGAAACUGGGGCAGUGGCAGGAAGAGGGCCGCCAUGGUCUGUCUGGUCCGGGCCCCAGGGCCCUCCAGGAGCGGGCUUACACCACCAUCAGGGCCCUCCUGCUCUUCUCCCCACCUGCUGUUCUGCAGGAGCGGGUGCUGGAAUUUUACAGCCGGACCUUCUCUGUCUAUAUGAACCGGGAGGGGGGAGAGGAUGGAUCCGAGGCGCCGGAUGGCCCCGACGGAGGGGCCUGCCCAGGCUGCGGGGUCCUGACUCAGCACUGCUGGUGCCAGGAGGCUCUGGAGCAGCUGCAGGACCUCAGCCUCAUUCUAUCCCGGCUGCAGCUGCUGGAGUGGGUCAGCUCCGACGCCGUCACCUCCAUCCUGCACAGGCUCAUCGAGCAGCGCAUGGAGCAGCACUGCAGGGGCGAGUACGAACGCUCCUUCCUGCUGGAGUUCCAGGAGUGGCUGGAGCUGGUUCUGGGAUGGCUGGGGAAGGUUUUUGACAGCAACGGGGACAGAGACGCCGAGGUCCCGCCAGCUCCCAGUUCUCCCAGCGUCCGAAGCAGCCAGCCCGCCAGUUCAGUUCUGAAGCAGUGGAGGUGCCACAUGCACCAGUUCUUCUGCAGGAUCUACGUCAACAUGAGGAUUGAGGAGCUUUUCAGUAUCAUCAGAGAUUUCCCAGAAUCCAAACCUGCAAUUGAAGAUCUGAAGUUUUGUCUGGAACGAACCAACCAGCGGCAGCAGCUCCUCACUUCACUCAAAUCAGCCUUUGAAAGCCGACUCCUACACCCAGGUGUUCACACGUCGGAUAUCAUCACAGUUUACAUCUCGGCCAUCAAAGCUCUGAGGGAGCUGGAUCCAUCCAUGGUGAUCCUGCAGGUGGCCUGCCAGCCCAUCCGGAAGUACCUGCGGACCCGGGAGGACACGGUGAGGCAGAUCAUCGCCGGGCUGACGGGCGACGCUGAAGCCUGUAACGACUUGGCCUCGGAGCUCUCCAGAGGAGACCCGGUGACUCUGGAGAUGCAGGACAGCGACGACGAAGGCAAUGACCCCGAAGACUGGACUCCGGAUCCCACCGACGCCGUGCCUGAUAAACUGGGCUCCAGCCGCCGCUCGUCUGACAUCAUCAGCCUGCUGGUCAGCAUCUACGGCAGCAAAGACAUCUUCAUCGACGAGUACAGAGCCGUGCUGGCCGACAGACUGCUGCACCAACUCAACUACAACACGGCCAGGGAGAUCCGGAACGUGGAGCUGCUGAAGCUGCGGUUCGGAGAGUCUCACAUGCAUUACUGCGAAGUCAUGCUGAAGGACAUGGCGGACUCUCGCAGGAUUAACAGCCACAUCCGUGAGGAGGAGUCAAAGCUGAGCCAGGAAGAGCAGCCGCCGCUCGCUCUGUCCGCCAUCAUCCUGUCGUCUGAGUUCUGGCCCACGCUGAAGGAGGAGAAGCUGGAGCUCCCUGCUGUCAUAUGCCAGGCCAUGGAGGCCUACACCCAUCGCUACGAGAAGCUGAAGGCCAUGAGGACGCUGAGCUGGAAGCCUCACCUGGGCUCCGUCACUCUGGACCUGGAGCUGGAGGACAGGACCCUCACUAACCUCACCGUGUCCCCCAUCCACGCCGCCAUCAUCCUACACUUCCAGGAAAAAAGUUCUUGGACGCUGGAGGAGCUGAGCUCCAAGCUGGGCGCCCCGAAGGAGCUGGUCCACAGGAAGCUGGCUCUGUGGCAGCAGCACGGCGUUCUGAGGGAGGAGGCUGCCGGGCGCUACGCCGUGCAGGAGACGGGCUCCUCCCGGGAGAAGGUGGACAGAGGGGUGAUGCUGAUUGACAGCGACGAGGAGAGGGACUCCAACACCACCACCCAGUCUGAGCAGAGGGAGGAGAAGCUGCAGGUCUGCUCACCUUUUUAUGGUGCCAGUGGUGAGUUUGUCAUUCCUGGUGUUCUCUGA